CCUCAGUGUAUGAAUAAAAAAAUCUAGUGUAAAUAAUAAGAAAUUCAAUAGAAAUAAAAUCGCUAAUUUUGGACUUUUUCAUGUCUUGCCGAAAAAACUGUUAUUACUAAGCUCCAGCAAAAACAUGAGAAGGAACUGAUAUAUACAACGAAUACCAAUAUAUUUUGUUUGUAUACCACAUAUUGUCGCACUCAAAAGGAAAGCAAGGUGAGAAAACAUAAACAAAUCACCUGUUUGAUAUUCGAGGAAUGAUAUUAUGGUAUGCGUGCUGCGAAAGCAUUUCUCAAAUGAAGAGCUCACAUUCGCUGAGUGAUCGUCAGGUGUGUUUGAGGUUCACAACAACAGUUUUUCGGGGACAGUUAUGCGCUGUUGUUGUUUGGAAAGAUCAUGCUUAGCUCUCUGCUGGAUCUCCAUUCCAUCAAUCUGAUCAACUUCCUGUUUGUUCAGCUGGUCGUUAUUAUAGUGGUGCUCGGGAGUUUGAUAGCUACGAUCGAAAGGUACCUUCCGACGGCGGUAUGUCAAACAUUCCGCUAUGGAAAACAUGCACACAAAGGUCCCCAAGACCGAUUGAUUUCACUUUUGGAGGUGCCGAAAUCAUGGUUUAAACACUUCUAUGUGUUUGCUGCAGCUUGGUCGACAGCGGCAUUCUAUUUAAUGCUCAACGCUUAUUUUGCUGGAAAUGUGACACCGAGUUACGUGAUCGAUUUUCUGGACAUUAUGGGAACCACCAAGAGGACCGUUAAGACAACCCCUACCGAGACCAUGGUAGCCAUCACUUUGCUCACGAUUCAAUGCUGGCGUCGUUUCUACGAAACCUUCUUUGUGCAGGUAUUCUCGAGUAAACUGAAAAUGAAUCUGUCCGCCUAUCUGGUGGGAUACAUUCACUACUUCGGCAGUGUCGUGGUUAUUCUCUCGCAGGCCGAGGGAUUUGUACGAACCGAUGGUUCGCUGCUUCCCUAUCGGUUCGAGCUGUCGCCUAGAAUCGCAUGUUGGAUAGCCGUAUUUGUUUACGCCUGGCGGUAUCAAUUCCAGUCGAAUCUUAUCCUAGCAUCCCUUCGGAAAGAUCGUUCUGGAAAUGUUAUCACACAGAAGCAUUCCGUUCCGAAGGGUGGUUACUUCGAGUUGGUAUCCUCGCCGCACAUGUUCUUUGAAAUCGUGAUGUACACCGCACUGUAUGCGAUCAUCGCAAGGAACACGUCCGCCGCCUACGUGCUGGUAUGGGUGAUUUCGAAUCAAACGAUGAACUCAUGGUUGACUCAUCAGUGGUAUCGAGAAAAUUUCAAAGACUAUCCAUCAACGAGACGUGCACUAAUCCCUUAUGUUUUGUAGCUCGGGGGAAGGCAUUAUCAUUCCUCAAAUUAGCUGAAAUUAUUAUGGCACCUGUUUUUAACUAUAUUUGCAUUUAUAGAGUAUUUUU